AAGGACGAGUCUUGUUCUCAUAUACUUAAAAAGGCAGGAAGCCCUUAAUUAGUAGGUGGUUGGAACCCAUAGAAUACUUUAGAACAUGAUCAAAAAAUUGAAGCGUAUAUAACUACCUAAUCUUUCUUUGAUCUUCAUAUGAAAGUGUGCAUCAAAGCUCCUAUGAAACAACAUGCGUGGAUACUUUGAUUUUUUGUUAAGAUUUGUCAUCUUUGACACAGAUUUUAUUAUAGCUCCUUCUAUAAAUACCCUUUCCUUCUCAUCCUAUUCUUCACCCAAGUCGUAGCGGUGUUAUUUAGCAUCAUCAUAACUGAUCAAAAUGGCAGAAAUUUCACUUGGUUUCCUUGCAUUCUCUCUACUCGUCUUCGUUCUUACUAUUUCAGUUGUUUGGGAUCAUUCUCGUUUCAUAUAUUCAUUUUCAAAUCUUCAAUAUCAAUUGCGAGUGAAUGUAAUUAUGUAUUUUCCUAAAGCCUCACCAUCCGAAAUCACCACAGUGAAAGGAGAAUUAUGUGAAAAGGCAAGCAAGACCUGGUCUGGAACGUGCAAAGAUACCGACAAAUGCAACAAACAGUGCAUAGAAUGGGAGGGUGCAAAAAAUGCCCCAGCUCCAGCACCACCUCCGCCUCCUCCUCCUCCUCCUCCUCCACCACCACCACCACCACCACCGGCUGGGGGACAGCCGGCUCCACCUCCAGGAUGUGCGAAGCUUGAUGUAGAUAAGCUAAUAGCUGAAGCACUCAUCCGCUACAAGAUCGAAGUUGAGAAAGUGAUACAUUUUGAGCUUCCAAUCGACCCCUCAGUCAUCCUUGUAUAA